AUGGAGUUUUCAAUCAGAACCAACCACCAACUAAGGAUUCUGUCAAUACAACAAAUCCGUAAACGAUUAGAAAGUCACAGAAUGACGAUCCGAGUUUGGGUAUGGUUACGUGGGGAAUUUCUGCUGGAAUCAUUUCUUCCGCUAGAUUUCUCUGUUCCAAAAACACCAACUGGCCGAUCGGAAGCUGUCGAGCAAAACACGGAAUCACCGGGACGUCGAACCGCCAUUGAAGGUGCGCAUGCGCUUAUCGAUGAGUGUCAAUCAAGGAAUUUGGACCGUCUAGGUGUCAUCCAGUGGUCUCAAGUUGUCGAGGAAAUCGGACUAGACAACGUUCUAAGUGAAGCUGUUUUCCGAAAUGCUUCCGGAGCAGAAACAUUCGCGACGUUGCCGAUUCUAGCUCUACACAUGCUUCUUGUGGGUUUGGAGUAUUUCUCGUACGAAUCCGAUGAGGAAAUGAACAUGAGAGGAGACAUUGUUACGGCUAUGGUUCAUGAGCAAAUGGAGGACUUUAUUUGUGUCAUGUAUCGAUGUGCUACCGGAUGUCCGAGAAAUGCGUUCAAAAAGGAUAAAUUGCGAAUUUCUGGUUCACAAAUGGAAAAGUUCCUCUCUACUUUGGACGUAUUGUUCGAGGGUAUGACGGAGAAUGAUGAGGAUAUGGACAGUCAUGAUGAGAUUGUGAAGGUAUCUGUCAUAGCUGAGCAACUUUGGCUGAAUAACAAUGAGAUUUCUAUACGAAAAUUCAUCAACAACAUGAAGCAAUGCCUUGUCCAAGAUCCAUUCCAAAUAGAUGAUCUCUCCAUGGAAAAACCCUCCUCUUCUCCUCGUAAAGUAACCUCUCUUGCGGGAUCUCGAAGAAAAGUGACAGUUUCUGGAUGGCAGAGAUUUCAGUUGCUGUCUAAGCCUGUCUACAAAGACGUUCAUCUGCGAAUUUGCUCUAGCAAAAAUCCGUCGUCGAUGCUUGUUGCUCCAUGGAGAUGUCGUUCUGUAAUUGUUGACAACGUUCACUCCUGUUCCGCCAUCGUGCUGGGACCUACAUAUGGUACAGUGAUUCUUAGAGAGGUACGAAAUACGAGCAUCACCAUUGCAUGCAAACAGCUCCAUUUAUGGAAUUGUUCCGAUGUUAUCGUAUUCCUGCAUUCUUUGAAUCCACCAACUGUUCGAACGUGUAACGGAAUCCGAUUUGCUCCCUUUAAUGUUUCCUACGAGGGUUUGGAAGAGGAGAUGUCCACCACCGGUCUCAAAGCAAGUCGAUAUAAGACACCCAAACACGUGAUCAAUCUCGACGACUCCGAAAUUUCUACCCUCGAUACCAAGGAAUUUUAUAUCCAGCCGGUACCAAUAGUCAAUAACGACAGCGAUAUAAAAAAUCUUCUCAGUAAACUCUGUUCGACAUAUAGAAAAGAAUGGGAAAAUACAUUACAACUUCUACAAUCAAUCACAAGCGACAGUGUUAAAGAACCGUCGAGUCCACCGCUGAACAAAAGCGACCUCCAUUAUUUGCAAGGAAAAAUUUCCACCGAAUAG